AUGGGGCUUCUGCUUAACUCCAUUCUCUCCAUCCUCCUCUCGUACCCCUUUUCCCUUGUACCAGUUACCUAUAAACACGGAGGACGCCUACUGCCAAAUGUGGAGCGGUACGGUCUGCGCGUGUCUCGCCUCGAUCUUGGUUCUUCUCAGCUGACCGGCGUUUCCUGGUCAAAUCGUCAAGGAAGCAAAUAUUUGCAGCAUCGACGCCGGCAACCACGAGAUGUCAAACCUCUUCCAGUCGGCCAGGAGGGCAAUAGCUACAGUAGUGCCGAAAGUGAUCCGGAUGAAGAUAAUUCGAAGAUCACUUUCAGCGAGUUGACUUCUAAAAGAAGAGAGGAACACAUGGGCAAUGCGAGUUUAGGUGGGUUUCGCAGUCUUUUUCAACAUAUAUGGACACCCUGA